CGAAAAAUACUGCGUAGUAUAUUAUUCAAGGAAAGCAGAUCUCCGUUAAUGAAAGGGCGUGGGUUGAAUUAAUAAAUCGAGAAAACUUCUCAGACUGUGCAAUAAUGCCAACAGCUCUUUCUUUAAAAUGAUGGAUCACGAAGAAGUUGCGAAGUCUGAACGUGCAUCGGUUGGUCACAUCAAGAACCAUACAGGGGCGAAAAUCCUUGCUGCCGGCUACACUAAAGAGAAAAGGUUGCUCGAAUACUGCAGUAUCAUCUCGUAUGUGAUAUUGAUGUUGUUGUUGUUUAUGUCAUUGUUGAUAAACUUUCAUUUAUCUGACCUGAGUUAUGUUGUGAUUGGCUCCUCUUUGGGCAUUCUAAGUGCUGAUUUUCUGUCUGGUUUGGUUCAUUGGGCUGCAGACAGCUGGGGACAAGUUGAUCUCCCCAUUAUUGGCCAGGCAUUUAUCCGUCCAUUUCGUGAACAUCACAUCGACCCUACAGCAUUGACGAGACAUGAUAUUGUGGAGACCAAUGGCGAUAACUGCUUAAUAACUUUACCUUUCCUAUCAUACAUAGUUUACAAACAUUACAUGACAAAUAGCCACAUCCAGGAGGGACAUUUCAUGUGGGAUUGGUACAUAUUUGCAUUGGCAGUAUUUGUAGCAUUAACCAAUCAGAUUCACAAAUGGUCUCAUACAUAUUUUGGUUCACCAACAUGGGUACAAAUGUUACAAGACUACAGGAUUAUUUUGCCUAGAAGUCAUCAUCGUAUACACCAUGUAUCGCCACAUGAAACCUAUUUUUGUAUAACCACAGGAUGGCUUAACUAUCCUUUAGAAUUCAUAAAAUUUUGGUCUACAUUGGAAUGGUGUAUCACAAAGACUACUGGGUACAAGCCUCGGGUAGAUGACUUGAAUUGGGCAAAAAAGAAAUAAUAAAAGCCAAAAUUCCAACAGAUGUUGAUAUUUUUGGAUCAGCCAUUUACCAUAUAUUCUAUUGAUAUUAUGGCCUGAUUUGGUAUAAUUUAUUCAAUAACUAAACAUGUUUUGGGUUACUGUGAUAAAAAUCAUUUACUCUAUAAUCAAAUAUUAUAUUGGUUGGAUUGUAAUAUGUUAAAUUAGAUGUAAUAUGUGCAUAUUUAUCAUGCUUAGUUAAUUAACAUAUACAUUCCUGUAAAUAACAUGUAAUAUAUUGUCAGAGAAUAUGGUAUACAAAUAAUGACAAUUAA